AUGAUGGACAGCGACUGGUACACAUCGCUCGUGUCCAGCACGCCAGCGCCGUCCGAAAAGACCGGCGGCCAUCGGCGGCGAGCUUCCCUCCUGCAACAGCCACAUGCUGAUGAUGCUGCAGACCAACUGCCCAGUCUUGGCGAGGAAGACGACUCCUCGCUGGCCAAAGGUCCUCCCAAGGCGACACCUCUCAGGAGAGCCCAGUCGUAUACCCGUCUCCAUGCCGCCAACCACCAUACACACACCAUCUCUUCCUCUGCGCCAUUGCGCAAGAACAGCCUCUCAUCGGCGCCCAAGCCCAAGAACGUUCUUCAAUCACACCUCGACUUUGCGACCUGGUACGACGCUCUCGAGGACGACCUCUUGGACGCCAGCCACUAUGACUACGAACUCUACCACGAACAACUGAAGCUAUCGCAACACCACCUCGACUCGCUGAUGGAGAGUACCAAUGACGCCUUGACCGUGCUGUCUGGCCUGUCCGACUCCUUCAAGGCUGUCGACGACCAGACGACCGCCUUCCACGCCCAAUGCGAGUCUCUGAUGACCGAGCAGCGUCGCAUCACCGCCCUGGCCGACAACAUGAACCAUAAUCUCCAGUACUACGCCUACCUCGAGCCCAUGACCCGCAGACUGAACGCCCCCGGUGCUGCCAACCUCGUCCGCGCGAAAGAGUUCCCUGACAUGCUUACAAACCUCGACCAAUGCCUGGAAUACAUGCAGGCCCAUCCUACUCACCGCGAAGCUCCUAUCUACCGUUCCCGUUACCGCCUCCUGUUGACACGUGCCCUGACCCUUAUCCGAGUCCAUUUCACAAACUCUCUACGAGCGCUGGCCGCCGAUGCAUCGCAACGAAUCGCUGAUCGCCAGCUUAACGAUACUACGCAAACCGCUCUGCUGUACGCAAAGUUCCGUGUCAGUGCUCCUGAACUCAAAAAGCUUGGUCUGGAAAUACAAAAGCGUGCUGUACUGCCUGCAGGCGCCGACCAAGGAGGUGAAGCCGAGUAUCAGAGUCUCAUGAACGAGCUAUACCAGAGCUACUCGGCCACGCGGGGUCGCCUCAUGUUCCCCAUCAUCUCCCGCAAGCUCACCGAGAUGGCUUCGGUUGACAAUGCUGUGGGUGAUUCGGUCACGUUUGCCAAAACCGCUAUCGGUUUUGUGAGGGGCAUAUGUCUUGAUGAAUAUGAUCUAUGGGGUGACUGGUUUUCUGGGGAUGGUGGUGUAUACGAAUUCUUAGAGGCCAUGUGCGAGCCCCUGUACGAUCAUCUCCGCCCUAGAAUCAUUCGCGAGACUCGCAUACCCAAGUUAUGCGAGCUUUGUACCUUCAUCCAAACUCGUUUCAUGGUUGACGAAGAAGACGAUGACUCUGAGUAUCAAGAUACAGUUACCGCAAAGAGAACUCUGGACUUUGCUGCUCUCGUCAAGCCUGCAUUGGAAGAUGCUCAGAGCAGACUCGUUUUCCUUGCCUUGGCUGUCCUUAGAGAUGACAUCGAGAAUUACCGACCGAAGCCUGAAGAUCUUGACUACCCAUCACAAGCACGGGGUCCAUCAACAACGACUGCUGAAGGAAAACGAGUGGCCCUUUCUGGUCGCAAAAACUCAACCAAUACUACACAGGUCAAAUCUCCUGGAGAAGAAGACGAUGGUACUGAUAUGUUCGAAACGUCUUGGCCCACCAACGAGAAGCAGGCCAUGGUCUGGUAUCCAACGCUGCGGAAAGCAAUCUGGUUAUUGAGUCGUAUCUACCGACUAGUCAACGUGACAUGGGCAGCAUCUCAAAUCGCAACAAAGUCCUCACCUGCCGACGCCAAUCUGUUCUUGAUCGCUCACAUGUUGCGACUCAAGCAACAGAUUGUCGCGUUUGACAUUGAAUUCAUCACGCCCGAAGUGACCUUCGACUUCUCGUCCGUUACAAACACAUUCUAUGAGCUUCGUGAGCGAGGAGGACUGUGGAACCCGGCGAGCUGGGUAAAGCUUGCUGCUGGAGGGCUGAUGCCUCGAGUAGUGGAAAAUAUGCUCGACGCUAAGGCAGAACUCGACGGACGACUACGAGCAGUAAUCAACGACUUUGUCAACAGCUUUGUGAGCCCCAUCACGGCACCGUUGGCUGCACCAAGAAAGGAUUCAGGGUCAGAAGCGAGUCAUGUCACGGCUGAAGUUCGCGCCAUUACGCAAAAGGAGGUUGUGUCUAUGCGGCAGAAGCUAGACGAGUAUAUUCAGGACGUACGGACCAGAGAAACGCUCGUGGCCGCAGUGCGGGACCAGGUCAUUCUAGCUUACGAGGAUUGGAUGGACAAGUUGAGCGAGGGCAAAGGCGCAGCCAAAAUUGGCAAGGUCAGCAAGAAAGGAAAAGGUCGAGAAGAUGAGGUCUGGUCGAGCGAGGUGUUUGCCGAGUGGUGCGAGCGGGUGUUCGCAGUGGGAAUCACGAGCGACGAAGACUCGACAGAGACAUGA